GUCUCUCUCAGUCUCUCUGUCUCUCUCAGUCUCUCUCAGUCUCUCUCAGUUUCUCUCAGUUUCUCUCAGUCUCUCUCUCUCUCUCUCUUUGCGAGUGACAGACGUGCUUGAGGAUCGCUCCGCCUAAUACUUAAUUAUUGAGUGGAAUAAGUCUGUGAAAUUGUGUGAAAGAUGGUGCAAUGUGAUCCAUGUUAAGUGGUGAACAUUUUUAUCUAUCGAAUGGCUAGAUAGCUAUCGGGUAAGCGAUAAUAGCAGCAUUUUCUCCUUCGUCAAAAUUUUCACAUAGCGAAUGUACGUGGGUGGCCAUUAUUGCUGCCACGGUGACAAGUUUAGCAAUCCGCGGAGUCAUCAAUAAUAUACGUCGAAAGUGAUAUAGUUAUGGUCGGUAAGCGUCGGUAAUUUACCAGCUAUACCGGGCAAGAUGGAUAGCACGGGCGAAUACGAUAAGUAUCGGUGCUCUACUUGCAAAAAGCCAAUCAAGAGCCAAGUAGUGCGAUGUAAGACUUGUGUGAAACUGUUUUACCACCCUGGAUGUGUGAAUAAACAUAAGGUACUUGACAGGAAUCAUGAGUUGGUAGCAUGCAGUGGUCCCUUUGAAAAAUUCAAUGCUGAAGAAGAAAAUCAGAAGACAUCCGUGCCGGCAGCAGGUAGUAGCAGAGAUCGAGUGUCAUCAGUGGGGUCAAUUGGGGGAAGCAGAGGUAUGAGUUCCUCAGCAACGGUUGACAUGAAAAUUGACUGGCUGAUAAAAACAGUGAAAGCAGUCAAGGAUGAAAUCACCUGCAAGAAUGAAGUUAAGAAGAUGAUAAAGGAAGUAGUCGGUGCAGAAAUGGAAGGUUUGAAGCAGCAGAUAGAGGAAUUAAAAAGAAUGAUACAUGGAGAAGGUAUGAAUGCCGGAAAGGCAACAUACAGCGAAGCAGUAAAAGAAAAAAAAAAAGAAAUGGUGAUUAUUGUCAAACCCAAACUCCAGCAAGAGAGCGAAGCUACUAAAAGAGCAAUAAAAGAGAAGGUAGAUAUAAAAAAUAUGGCAAUGGGAAUAACGAAACUGAAGAAAGGCAGUAAAGGAACUGUGAUUUUGGGAUGUGAAUCGGGAGGAGAAAUUGAAGUACUGAAGGCUGAAGCUGAAGUUAAAAAUAAAAUGGGUGAGGGCUUCAAAGUUACGGAGUCAACACAGAUGAAGCCGAAGAUAAAGAUAGUAAAUAUAGAGGAAGAGGAACUAAACCUAACAGAUGAAGAACUAGUUGACACAAUUAAGACGCAAAAUGGAAUAGAGGAAACAGAAGGAAGAGAGUGGAAAAUAGUGAAAAGGCUAACCAAAGGAAGACAACAGGAACGUAAUAGAAGAGGACCCAUCGAAGGCUCAAUUAUUCUGGAAGUGGACGAAGCAACACACGAGGAGUUACUGAGCAAAG